UGUCAAGUCAAGCUCCAUCAUCAUCAUCAUCAUCACCAACAUCACCAUCAUCAUCAUCAUCAUCAUCAUCAUCUUCUAUUCACACCAUUAUCAUCAAAUGGGUCAAGCCCUCAACGUCAACGCCACCGGGAACGGAGAGAAGAAGAAGAAGGAGGCAGACUUAGAAACAUUGCUGAAGAAUUGCUACGAGACACACUUCGGAGGCGGUGGCGAGAAGGAAUGGACCUUCGGUGACUUUUACCGAGCCGUUGCCGAAACCGUCGAAGACAUCAACGAUAACCUAGGUGGAACGCAACUUCGGGUGCCGAGUACCGAGAAAUUACGGGAAGCAUACGAGAGACACAAGAUCGGCGAAGGGGAGAAGCUGUCGAAGGAAGAGUUUCAGAAGCUUCUGUCGGAGGUGGUGAUCGGAACUGGCUUCACCGGCGUCGGGGGCGUCAAAGAGUUCCUCUUGUUCAUCUUCGGCGUUCCUGUCUUCGCCGUCUUCCUCAAGAACCGCGUCGCUCCCAAAUCUGUGUCCAACGAUUUGUUCAUCCCCGCCGUCACCUCCGCCACCGUCUUCUUCCUCGCCAAGUUCAACAAGAUAUGAACUUUUAAUUCCUUUCACUCGUGUUCUGUUUUGUUUCCUUCUGUUUGUCUUGUGUGAUUCGAAGUGAUAUGAAACAAGCUGGGGGGAAAUGAAAGCUAAAUUUCGUUGA